UUAUAAGCCACUGAAGCCGAAGCUUCACAAUCACUGAUGUUGUUGUGACCUUAUCGCAGUAGGCGGCCGGGUAGGAACGAAUUGUCUUCAAUAUGUCAUCUUUCAAAACGAUAUUUAGUUUUACUUUGUUGUGUAUUACACAGAUAAGUAGUUUUGUUGAAGAAAAUUGUCAUUCAUUUGCUGGUGGAAGUGUUUAUCCCCAAAGUUCGUAUGUCAAAAGUGUUGAUCAUAAGCUUCAGUGGACCAAAGCUGUCAUUUCAAAACCCGCACCUGAGUGGGAAGGUACAGCUGUUGUCAAUGGAGAAUUAAAAGAACUCAAGCUUUCUGAUUUUAAAGGAAAAUAUUUAGUAUUCUUCUUUUAUCCAUUGGAUUUUACUUUUGUUUGCCCUACGGAAAUACUUGCCUUUAAUGAUCGAAUAGAAGAAUUCCGAAAAUUAAACACAGAAGUGGUGGGAUGUUCAGUCGACUCACACUUUACUCAUCUAGCGUGGAUGAAUACUCCUAGAAAAGAUGGUGGGCUUGGACCAUUGAAAAUUCCUCUACUUUCAGAUUUAACUCAUAAAAUUUCCAAAGAUUAUGGUGUCUAUUUGGAAGAUGCUGGCCACACUCUAAGAGGUCUAUUUAUUAUCGAUCAUCGUGGUAUACUGAGACAGAUUACUAUGAAUGAUCUACCCGUGGGUCGCAGUGUUGAUGAAACGUUAAGGCUUGUCCAAGCUUUUCAAUAUACUGAUGAACAUGGCGAAGUAUGUCCUGCAGGAUGGAAACCUGGACAGGAUACGAUCAUCCCAGAUCCAAUUAAGAAGAAAGAAUUCUUUCAAAAGCAGGAUAAAAGUACUAAGAAAAAACAAAAGCAAUAAAAAGGAGGCAUCAGGAUUUUCUUAAAAAUGCAUUUACUUAAAUAUUUUCAUUUGUGGUGUUUAUGAUGGAACAUUCCUUCAAGAGUUUUUUUUUAACUUUAAGAGCUUGUGUUAAUGAAUGUGAUGUAAUUUUAGAGAUAAUUACGAGUAUUAAUGGUUAAGGUUCAUUAAAUCAAUAUACAUUACAUCACGGUUACGGUUGUGUGCACUAGUUCAAAACUUAGUGUUUUGAUGUCUAUAGCAAAAUAAAAUUAUGUACCUUAUUUUGUUAAGUGUUGAAUUCAAAUGAUAUUGAUAAUAAUAUUGCAUUUAUCAAUAGAAUAUUUUAAGACAGUGUAAAUGUAAGACUGAAUGAACAUCACAAUUAAUUUAAUCAAAUUGGAAACAUUAAUGAAAGUAAUUUUUAUUUAUUUUAAGAUAAUAUUAAAUAGUUUAAAUAAUCAUAUUUUUCUUUGAUUUAUAUUUUGUUAGUAUUACAGUGGUA